AAUUUGAAUUUGCGGCUUAAGUUACAACUGUGAGAGUGUGUGGGUGUAUUAUUUAUGACUGUGCAUUAGUGUGGGUGUCUUUCUUAUAAAGAUGCUAUAGUUGACCUCAACAUUAAAGUGAAUAAGGUAAAUAAGCAGAAUAUGAUAGACUCUUGUUUCUAGCAGCACUUGAAUUUUCAAUUUAUUAAAUAAUAACUAAACUUUUCCCAAAUCUAUAACUUGACAAUGGGAAUUAAAUAGUUUAGGUCAAUUUAAAAUUUUGUCAUUUGGUAUAUCAGUUUACAAUUACAUUCAAAAUAUACUGCAGUGUACAAAAUAUAUCAGAUUGUGUUGCAGAUUCUUUCAUACAUAAUCUAUUCUAUUUAUCGGGAAUUGAUGCAUUUCGAAUUUCAAUUCAAUUUCAAUUUUCAAUUUGGAGAGUUUGCUCCAGUAUGUAUGGAGUAACAAACAUUUCAUUCAAAUCAAUUUGAUCUUGAACUAAUUAACACACAUUCAAUUUGACUUAUACUCACGGAUCUUAUAUAGUAUGUUCUAGGCAAAGGAAGUACGCUGAUUCGCACAGAUGUCAGACGACGUUCUUUUUUUUAUAGCGAAACUUCACCUAAGGGUCAAAUAGAUUAGAGCGGAAUAGCUUUCUAAAACAAAAAGCAUUGAAGAUAGUUUGAGUUAUGCACCAUUUGCAUUGAAUUCUAUGUAAAAUCAUUUAAAAGAGUCAAGAUGAGGUUGAUUUAUUUAGUGAUCUGUUGCAUGACAAUUAGUAUAAGAGAAAGUCAUGGACGUCAAUAGCAAGUUUCCUCGAUGAUGCUCAUCCAGGCAAACACCAUUUUAGAUGGUCGUCAAAAAAUAAUGCGUAAUUGCUAAUGUGAUAGGCAACAAAUAAUCGCUAAUCAAAUAAGCUUCGCUGGCAAUACAAAAAUUCGUUGGUAGCUCUUUGCUUUCGAAUGAAUUAAAAUCACUCAAUUCUACUUAUGCUCAUGCUUAAGGCAAAAAGGCACAUAGUUGCAGACAAAUGUCAGAUGAUGUGUUGAGCAAAACUGCGAGAGGAAAAGCUUUUUAAAAUAGAAAGCUUUGAAGAUAGUAUAAAUUGACAGCGACAUUUGAAUUGGAAACUAAAUCCAUUUGAAAGUGGCAACAUGAGGGUGACUAUAUCAGUGAUCUGUUUUUUGGCCAUUGCGAUUAGCACAGGAGAAGGCACCGCUGUUCUUUCAUAUGGAAAUUACAGGAAUGAUGAUCAUCCCAAUAAAUGUGUAUUCGAUGAAAACACCAUUAUAGAUAACGGUUUUUCUAUAACGCGUUAUUGCCAGCGUGAUAAGUGCAUCGAUGCUGAAAUAGUUCUUGAGGAUCGUGUUGCGGGGUCGCCCGAACAUUGUCAGAAAAUUGAGUGCCUCCUCUUUGUUGGUGGUCGUAUAAAAGGUUGUCCUAAUAUUGUAUUACCACAAGGCUCUCCUUGCACUUUUGGAGAGGCUAAGUAUCCUAAUGCCAGUUUUCCGGAUUGCUGUAAUACUGUGGUGCAUUGUCCUGACGGAGAUCGUGAAUCAUUUGAUUUGUAAAUAAACUAAAUCCAUGUUCGAGUUAGUUUAGGCUUUCAAGCAAUUUUAUUGAAUAAAUUCUAUAUUUGAAUAAUA